CCUCUGCGGCUUAUUAAUAAAUAGGAGGGGAGGUCUUAAUGCCUAAAAUGGCCACCAUACCAUAUCGACCACCGCCAGCAUCAUCAGUACCUCCACCUCAGUGGCGGCCCACCCACCCCCUUGCACCUCCCCUCAGUGACGCGUGCCUCUGCACGCGCAUGGGCGUAGAAUCUGCGGCUGUGCGCUGCUGCUGCUAUCAUUGAGACUCAAUUCCUCUUUCUUUUUUUUUUCCUCUUUUUUUUUUAAACGAAAAUGGCGUCCAGUCAAGGAAGUGUGGGAGCUGUCGCGGCGCUCCAGAACCACCACCACUACCCGAGCGUACCUCACUGGAGCCCGGGGAGCAGCCAGUACCAGCAGCAGUACCACCAGCAACAACAGCAGCAGCAGCAGCAGCAACAGCAACAGCAGCACCUCACGGCCCGGAGCCUGGAGCGAGCUCUGGAGGAUGCCGUGUGCUCCGGGAUUCUCAACCUAAGCGGGCGGAAGCUGAGGGAGUACCCGGGAGUGAGCUACGACCUCACCGAUACAACACAAGCAGAUCUGUCCAAGAAUCGUCUUUCUGAGGUCCCUCCAGAAGUUUGUCUCUUUGCCCCACUGGAGUCGCUCAACCUCUACCACAAUUGUAUCAAGUGCAUCCCAGAAGCCAUCAUUAACUUGCAGAUACUGACGUAUCUUGACAUCAGUCGAAACCUCAUAUCCGUUUUGCCCAAACACUUGUUCAACCUUCCACUCAAAGUUCUGCUUGUGGGCAACAACAAGCUGGUGUCCAUCCCCGAAGAGAUCGGCAAAGCCAAAGAACUGAUGGAACUUGAUGUGAGCUGUAAUGAGAUCCAGGCGCUGCCAGCCCAGAUCGGGCGUCUCCAUGCCUUACGAGAACUCAACAUUAGGAAGAACUGUCUGCAGAUUCUUCCGGAAGAGCUGUCUGAUCUCCCUCUCAUUCGACUUGACUUCUCCUGCAAUAAGAUCACAGAGAUCCCAGCAACCUACAGGAAACUCAGGCAACUGCAGCACAUUAUCCUCGAUAACAAUCCUAUGCAGUCUCCUCCAGCACAGAUUUGCCUCAAGGGAAAAGUGCACAUAUUCAAGUACCUAAAUAUUCAAGCGUGCAGGUCGGACAAAAAGCCAGACGCCCUGGACCUGCCGUCCCUCGGCAAACGCUGUCUUCCACAGCCGCUCACAGAUAGCAUGGAAGAUUUUUAUCCCAGUAAGAACCACGGGCCUGAUUCGGGAAUUGGGAGUGACAAUGGUGACAAGAGGCUGUCAACAACAGAGCCUUCGGACGACGACACCGUCAGCCUCCACUCUCAGGUGUCUGAGACGGCCCGCGCCGAUGCCCUCUCAAUCCUUUCCAAAAUGGACUCUUGCAAAGAUCAGGAUCUGUAUGACUUUAUAGAACCCAACCCGGAUGAGGAUCCUGCUCUGUCAGAGUGUGAUGGACAGCAGAAUUGUCAUGUGUCGUGUAUUAAGGAAUUGGAAAAGGUUCUUAACUUGUCUCACCAAAGCAAAGACAAGGAGAGCUGGAAAGAGGAGUCGGGCUCCGACAAGGAGCAGCUACUGGAGGAGGAGGAGGAUGACGAACUGAAGGAGGUGCUGGAUCUGAGGAAAAUCGCCGUCCAGCUUUUGCAGCAGGAGCAGCAGAACAGACGACGCUCCUUAAUUUGCCGAGCGGAAAGUCUGAUCCAUCGGCGCAGAGUGACUGGUCGAGCUCACAGAUUCCUAAGUCACUCUGGGAGCUCCAGCAGCAAAGCCAGGCCUCCUCCUCAAAUCCGCAGCGCUUCCCUGGAUGAGGGACAUAGUGGCGCAUCGGUGCUAAGUGGACAGCCUCCGUCAUCCUGCUCCUUUGACAGCAGCCUGAAGAUGGAUCAGUCAGAUUCCGAGUCCAAAUGGCCAGAAGUGCCACCUGUUCUCAAUCAAAAUGAAGAUCGCAAGAGAAACAAAUAUCUGAGAAAAGAUUAUCUCAAGUACAAAUGCCAGAGCGCCCGAAAAAACUGCAGCGGGAAUGAUGACUGUGAGGAGAGUUUACGCAACUCGGAAUUCAGCACCGCACUCACCGUGUUUGGACUCAAGCCAAGAUCAGCCUUCGCCAGAGGAAGUCAUCAGGAGUUGAGCUCGACUGAGCCCAGCUUCACCAUGAGGAGAAAGAUGGAGCAUUUAAGAGAGGAAAUUGAGCAAAUCGGAAUCCUACGACAGAACAUCGAGUCCAGACUGAAAGUGUUGCUUCCAGACGAUGUCGGAGCCGCUCUGAUGGAUGGCGUGGUCCUUUGUCAUUUAGCCAAUCACAUUUGUCCUCGCUCUGUGGCCAGCAUUCACGUACCUUCCCCUGCAGUGCCAAAGCUCAGCAUGGCUAAAUGCCGUCGAAAUGUGGAGAACUUCCUGGAUGCCUGUAAAAAAAUGGGAGUUCCCCAGGACAAGCUGUGUCUGCCCCAUCACAUCCUGGAAGAACGUGGCCUGGUGAAGGUCAGCUUGACCGUGCAGGCCCUGCUGGAUCUGCCCGCCAUGAAGCCCACGCAACUAUCGGCUGCUUGACAUAAAUCCGUCAGGCCCGAGACCACGCCCACUUUACCGGUGGGGGACCAGAGAUCCCCGUCUUCCCGCCUCAAUCGGAAGUCGAGGACCCGGAGGCUCUCGGCUUUGCUCGUGCCCGACAGAAACGGGAGAGAAGAUAGUCAACGUUCUCCUGUCCCUGUGUAUGAUGUCACACACUUCCUGUUCAUCACGGCUUUGACUUUGUAUCCUCUUGCGACUUCCACCACUGGUACUGCUUGGACAAGACUGCGGCUCUUAAAAGAAGUCCUGCUGAUCCCUCUCUUGAUGCUGAGUGGUUAGCGAGCCUGCGUCAAGUGCCGGUCGUGACAUGUAACUGACUCAUUGAUGAACGUGGCGUUAAAUCCGGUUUGCGUUCUUUCAACUUUAUACCGGUAACUUUUCUGCCAGUUUGAGCACUCUGCCGUUCCAAAACUUUGCCUUUCCAAAUGCAUGACGACCACGUUUUGUUGUUCCAAGUCAUGGCAUCGCAAACCUUCUGUAAACUAGUGUACAAAUCCUCCGCUUGUCGAUAUGACCACUGUGAUAACGCGUAGCCCACUGCGGUUCCAGAGCAUUUCCUCCUGUUUUUAUUUCAAGUCAUGUAUUUUUUACAUUUUCUACCGUUUUAUACUUUGCCACACACAGACACAAGAGAAGCUUUUUUUUCAUCUUUGCUUUGGAUGCUUUUACAGUGGAGCGAUUCAAACACGCCGGGACGACUUCCACAAAGCACAACGUGCAGUUUCAUGCUCAAUCAUGUCGGGGGAAAGCGGAAAUGAUUUUGGCAUUUGUUGUCUCUUUGCCAAUGUUUGAGGAUUUUGUUUCGCGCAUUUGUACUUUUGGCCCAUAUUCUGAUCACGAUGCAGUCUUGAAUCGGUUAUCACAUCCUCAACCUCGUAUUUUACUGGUGUGAUUUAUUUUUUUCCCACUUUUGAAUUGUAACCAUUAUUUAUUUAUUUAAUGAUGAUUUCUUUUUACUUGAAAAUUAUUUUGAGUCUUCUUCGUACUGCCAUUGACAGGACUCACGGGUCUUUUCAAAUAAUCUCCUUUGAAUAAAGGUCACAAAGUAAUUAAUGAUAUGGGUCUAGGAUUAACCAAGUGCUGACUGAAUUGCCCCCCUCUCCCCUUUCUUCCUUUUCAUUUUUUGACUCUGAGUGACUGUUUUCAAUUGUGACUUCAUCACUUCCUUCCAAGGAACACAUACUUCUUGUACUCAAUUUUUUUUAUAAACAUGGUUGCAGUAUUUCGGAAACCUUUUCUUUCAACUGCACUAUAUGGAUAGGACAUGGGAAUGUGCUCAACUAGGAAUAUAUUAUCUGAGUCAACUUCAAGUGUAAACAGUGCCGGAAAACCAGAACAUGACAUUCUGUUACACUUGAAAGGAGUAUUUUUUGCAGUUAACGGUAAUCUGAUGUGCUCGCAUCCCAUAUCUGCUUCCCUUUUGGGUUUUUUUUUUUUUUUUUUUUUUUUAACAUGACAGACAAACUGACUGAAUUUCAUUGAAGAAAGGCACAUUUAGCACUAUAUAUUUUUUAUUUUUUUUUUAACUGUCAAAGAAUACAUUUAUGUUGGCAUCAUGGAAACAGUCUGGUUGAUCACGAGUGAUGGUAGCAAGUUUUAUAACCCUCAUCUGCGUUAUUUAAGACGAAAAAAAAAAAGAAA